UUCCCCUUCGUCUUUUCACCGUAUACACUUAAUUAGUAGUACACUGCCACCGGGAAAAAUGUCGUCUGCUGCCUUCUCCCUAUGCUUUACUCCGGCAACUUUCACCUUCAAGCUUCCAGCUAUACGACCCCCAUUCUCCCGUACUUGCUCUAUUGCGACCAGAAAUAAACUGGGACGAGGUAGACGAGCUAACUUCGGCCUUCUGCUUCGCUCGAGAAGCAAUAAUGUUGUCAUAUGUAAUAGUCUCACUCAAGACACCCUCCAAGGUGGUGGUGGUGGUAACAGAGAGGCAGCAGCUUUUGAGGUUUGCGUCACAGAUCAGAUGAAGGAGAAGAUAAAAUCCAUUAGAUCGAUGUUGGGAUCUACGGAGGAUGGUGAGAAUGAUAUAAGCAUAUCAGCCUACGAUACUGCGUGGGUUGCUAUGGUGGAAGAUAUUAAUGGAAGUGGUGUUCCUCAGUUCCCUUCUUGCCUUCAAUGGGUUGUGAAUAAUCAACUCCCGGAUGGAUCUUGGGGCGAUCGUUUUAUUUUCUCUGCUUAUGACCGGAUUCUAAGCACUUUAGCUUGUGUCAUCGCUUUAAAUUCAUGGAAUGUUUGUCCGGAAUUACGUGAAAAGGGGAUGGUGUUCAUUAGGGAAAACAUGUCCAAGAUCGAAAGCGAAAAUGAAGAGCACAUGCUUUCAGGCUUUGAGGUUGCAUUCCCUUCUCUUAUGGAAAUGGCUCGAAAGCAAGAUCUCCAAGUUCCUACAGAUAGUCCAUUCCUGCAAGAGAUAUAUGACAAAAGAAACCGUAAACUCUCAAACAUACCAAAGGAGAUGAUGCACACGGUGCCCACAGUUAUCCUCUUUUGCUUGGAAGGGAUGGGUGGCCAUGAUUUAGAUUGGGAAAAGCUUCUCAUGCUACAGUGCCAAGAUGGGUCGUUCUUGACUUCCACAGCGGCCACAGCCUUUGCACUCAUGGAGACUAAAGAUGAACGAUGCUUAGCACAUCUUAAGAGAACAGUUGAAAAAUUCAAUGGUGCAGUCCCUAAUUUCUUUCCGCUAGACUUGUACAAGCGUAAUUGGGGUGUGGAUCGCUUGGAACGCCUAGGCAUUUCUCAACACUUCCAAUCAGAAAUUAAAGAGUGCCUCGAUUAUCUCUAUAGGUAUUGGACCGAGGAAGGGAUGGGCUGGGCAAGAGGUUCCAGACUUUGCGAUAUCGACGAUACAGCCAUGGCAUUCAGACUUCUCAGGUUACAUGGAUACGAGGUUUCACCAGGUGCAUUUAGGCAUUUCCAGAAGAACGAAGGCGGCGAGUUCUUCGUAAGCUACGGACAGUUGAGCCAGUCCGUCACCGCAAUGUGUAACCUGUAUAGAGCGUCUGAGGUGUUGUUCCCCGGGGAGAAGAUCCUAGAAGAAACCAAGGCUUAUGCAUCCAAAUUCGUCAGAGAAAAACAAGCUUCGAAUCAGCUUGUGGACAAAUGGAUAAUAACUAAAGACUUACCCGGUGAGGUGGGAUACGCUCUGGACAUUCCAUGGUACGCCAGCCUACCCCGCAUAGAGGCAAGAUAUUACAUCGAACAUUAUGGAGGAUUCGAUGAUGUAUGGAUUGGGAAGACACUGUGCAGGUUGUAUUGGAUUAACAAUAAUGACUAUCUGAAGCUUGCCAAGUUGGAUUUCAACCAUUGUCAAGCUUUACAUCAGUUGGAGUGGACUACCAUUAUCCAGGAGUGGUAUGCGGAGUGCAAUAUUCUUGAGGAGCUUGGAGUGGCCAAAAGAGAGUUGCUUCAAGCCUAUUUUGUAGCAGCGGUAAGCAUAUUCGAACCCGAUAGGGCAAGCGAGAGGCUAGCAUGGGCGAGAGCUGCUGUGCUUGUGGAGGCAGUCUACUUGUUUAUGGAGGAGAUGGAUACAACGAGUAGUAGUAGUAUCAUGGACCAAAAGAAAGCACUACUUCUCAAUUACUUCAACCACAGCAGCAUUUGCCAUAGUACUGAUAUUGAUAUUGAUAUUGAUAUUGAUAUUGAUAUUGAUGAUCACAUGAGCACCCGGCCGAAGAAGCUUGCGGAAGCAAUCAUCAAAACCCUCAACCGUAUCGCACAGGACACUCUAGUGGCACACAGCAUAGACAUAGGACAUCACUUACGAUGCGCUUGGAGCAUUUGGCUGCAACAUGGAAGAGAAGGAGAAGGAGAACUCCUGGUUCAGAUGAUAAUCCUGUGUGCGGGACUUUCAGUCUCGGAAGAGAACUCGUCGUCCCAUCCACAUUACCAGCGUCUCAUUCACCUCACCAACGCAAUAUGUUGCCAACUUCGCCCGUUCCUAGAUCCUAAAGGCCUUGGUAAGAACAAUACCAUAAGCAAUACUGCUGGUAGCCCUCCAGUAGAACCCCUUAUGCAAGAGCUGGUUCAACUUGUUCUCCAGAGCUCCCAUGGCAUUGAUUCUGAGAUCAAGCGAGUGUUCCUCACCGUCGCCAAAAGCUUCUAUUAUGCUGCCCACUGCACCAGUGCCACAAUCGAUCAACAUAUAGCUAAAGUUCUAUUCGACAAGGUUGCUUGACAUUUUUUCAUAUGUAUUUAAUACCACAAAACUACUUUUACACAAAAAAAAAAAAAAAAA